CAAUGACUUCUGGGAAGAGCCCAGGCUGUCCACAACUGAUCUUGUAUACACUCAGAUGUCUCCCUCAGGCACAUGUCUCAAGUUCCCUGGUUAUCAUUUCUCUGGAACUCUCUCUCUGUGACAGGCCGCUCCCCUUGAUGCAAUAUCUGGGUUUGGACAGAAAGGAAGGUGCUGCAGAGUACGCCCAUUCUGAGCAUUUGGGCCAGCUCCACUUUGCAGAACAAUUCAAGCUUCAUUGCAACUCUGACCUCAGCACCAACAUCUGCUUCCUGAAGCAAGAUGGCUAGGAUGGACAGAAAACUUCAUUCUGGAAGGAAACAGUGUUUCAGGGCAAACUAAGUAUGCCAGAGACCCUCACAACCAAACUCAAGCCGGCACAGUGGUUCCACAAGGAGUCUGGACAAGUCUUAUCAUGUGGCUUUUCUGUGGCUUGAUCUCAUGUUUUCUCACAGGUGGAGUGGCUGUUCUGCCUGCCCCACAGAACUUAACUGUUCUGUCAAUCAACAUGAAGCAUCUCUUGAUGUGGAACACGGUGGCCCAGCUCAGAGAGACAGUGCUCUAUUUUGUGGAGUACCAGGGGGAGUACGAGAGCCUGUACAUGAGCCACAUCUGGAUCCCCAGCAGCCAGUGCUCACCCACUAAAGGUCUGGAGUGUGAUAUCACUGAUGACAUCACUGCCACAGUACCAUAUAACUUCAGGGUCAGGGCCAUGCUGGGCUCACAGACUUCAGCCUGGAGCACUCUGGAGCACCCCUUUAAUCGAAACUCAACUGUCCUCAUUCCGCCCCGGAUGGAGGUCACUGAACAUGGGUUACAUCUGGUUAUUAAGCUGGAAGACCUGGGGCCCCAGUUUGAGUUCCCUGUGGUCUACUGGAGUCAGGAGCCUGGCGCCACGGAACAUGUUAAGGUGGUGAAGAGUGGGGACAGUCCAGUUCACCUAGAGACCAUGGAACCAGGGGCCGUGUACUGUGUGAAGGCGCGGGCGCUGGUGAAAGCCAUUGGGAGACACAGUGCCUUCAGCCAGACUCAGUGUGUGGAGAUGCAAGGAGAGGCUCUCCCGCUGGCGCUGGCUCUGUUCACAUUUGUUGGCUUCAUGCUGAUUCUCAUGGUUGUACUCCUCUCCAUCUGGAAGAUGGGCCAACUGCUCCGGUACUCUUGCUGCCCCACGGUAGUCCUUCCAGACACCUUGAAAAUAACCAGUUCAUCCCAGAAGCUGAUCAGCAGCAGAAAGGAAGAGGUGGACAUCUGUGCCGUGGCUGUGCUGUCCUCGGAGCAUCUUUUCGGGGUCUGGAUCUCACAGACUUGAUGGAUUCACAAUAUGAUCUGCAGGACCCAGAACCCAGGAUGGGUGUGUGUGUGUGUGUGUUUCUGGUUUCCUCUGUGGACAAAAGACAAGAGAAGUACAAAGAGGCUGCUGUGUGCAUGUCCAGUGACAGCCAGCAGAGGCAAAGUGGUGGGGCCAGCGAGUGGUGAGGAGAGGUGACCCCAGACCUGCAGUUACCACGAGCUGGCUGAGUGACACUGGGGGAAAUGGCUUCAUCCCUCUGGACCCCAUCUCUGUCACCUGUGGUGGGGAUUAAUGGCACGAUGUAAACACCCCUCUCCCUGUCUCUGUGUGUGAACACACCAGCACUUGCAGGGUGGCAGGAAGGCCAUUGGUGCUGGGCACUAUGGGGAAUUCAGAUCUUGUGAACUGUGCGAUAUACAUGUGUGCUAAGAAUGUCAAAAGAAUACACGGAUCUGGAUGCAUGCCUGUAAUCGCCGUACUUGGGAGGAGGGGACGAGAAAAAUCACAAGUUGGAGGCAGCCUGGACUACGUAGUGAAACCCUGUCCCAAAUAAAUACCAAACAUCAAAGAGUAAUAAAACUGUAUCAAAACCAAAUGCAAACCACUGUUGGUUUGGACUUCCCACUUCCCCAGAGGAAACCUUGAGAGAAGGAAGACUCGGAGGGCCAUUUCACUUCAAGCCAAAUCCUGGCUGAAGUGAUAGGUCAGCAGGCUCCCUGAGAGUGAUGUGGAGAGAGGCCAUAGCCCCAUCCACGAUGGGACUUGCGUGGAUGCUGCUGUGGGUUCAUGAAAUGCCGUCAGAUCCUAGGGCCUUGUCCACAGGAAAUCCCAUGAGUCCUCUUCCUAAGGGACAGUUCACUAUGUUCUCAGCCCCUCCCAGAUGCUCAUCAGGAGCCUCCGACUUGAGGUGGUACCACUCCUUACUACCUAUAGGCUAAGAAAAGAGCUGCAUUGGAGAUGGAUGAAAAGAGGAAGCUUCUUGAGGGAAGAGGCCCUGCAGAGUCAGGCUUACCACCCCCUCCCGGCUCUGGAACCUGGAGCUGACUUGUCUCCGCCCCGACUUCCUGGGCCUCUCCAGCCAGACAGGGGUGGAGAGAGGCUAACCGUUUCAACCAGGUGUUUCCAGUCUUCAACGCAGAGGUCAACGGCCCUAUCUCCAGGAGAAAGGGCAGGCAGCUCUCCGCAGGGAUGUGGGCUAAGGCUCUCUGCCUUUCAACUGUGUUGUAUACUUCUGCUUUGGCUCUUUUGGGAAGUGUGUUAAUUUUAUGUUUCAAGUGAUCUGGAAACAUAUAUGCUGUGUGCAAAAUUAAACAAUGCACCCCAACAUU